CAGCUAGUGUAAUAUAACGCAUGACAUAACGCUGUUUAAAGCCUGUUUAUGCACUAUUAGCGCUAGCUAGCUAACUAUUCACCUCCAUUGGCGCAUAACAUUAGCAUUCUACUGUAAAUUACUACAUGUUGUUCAUGCUUAACGCGAACUUGUGCAAUUAAAAUAUUUGGCUCAAAUAUAUAAUUUUGCAAGAGAAAAGCUGUCAUUGCUCAGCUGCGAGCAAUUCGCAGUCAGCUGCGGUUAGCUGUGUGUUUGUGUGUAACUCCACUGGACACGUAGGCAGCGUUCACUUGCUCUUAGCUUUCAGUUUUCGAGAAUGCAAAAGAGAAAGACGGUCAAACUACUAAACUUAAUAUUGUCAACAGCACGAGUAGUUUAGUGAGUUGUGUUUUAGUUCCAUGAGUCUGAAUUAGUUCAGCAAAGUUAGUGUACUUGUGUAGCUUCCACUACAGCUGUGUUUGUAAAUAUCCCGAGAAGGCAGGAGACCGAUCACUGCCACUGUGAGGAGGAGGAGAAGAAGAAGAAAAAGAAGAAGAGAAAAGCAACAGCAAAGCUGAAGAGGGAAAUAUCGAGUACAAGCUGAAGCUGGUGAACCCCACGCAGUAUCGAUUCGAGCACCUGGCCACACAGAUGAAAUGGAGGCUGCAGGAAGGCAGGGGAGAGGCUGUGUAUCAAAUCGGUGUAGAAGACAAUGGCUUGCUGGUUGGAUUAUCCGAGGCAGAUAUGAGAGCCUCGCUCCGGACCCUCCACAUGAUGGCUGAGAAGGUGGGUGCUGACAUUACAGUUCUCAGAGAGAGGGAAGUGGAUUAUGACUCGGAGGAGCCCCGGAAAAUCGCAGAAGUCCUCGUCAGGAAAGUGCCAGAUGACCAGCAGUUCCUGGACCUACGGGUAGCUGUGCUAGGUAACGUGGACUCGGGGAAGUCCACUCUCCUUGGUGUGCUCACUCAAGGGGAGCUAGACAAUGGCAGGGGCAGAGCACGACUAAACCUCUUUAGGCAUCUUCAUGAGAUUCAGACAGGAAGGACCUCCAGUAUCAGCUUUGAGAUCCUGGGCUUUAACAGCAAAGGAGAGGUGGUGAAUUACAGCGAGUCACGGACGGCGGAGGAAAUUUGCGAGAGUGCCUCUAAAAUGAUAACUUUCAUAGACUUGGCUGGUCAUCAUAAAUAUCUGAAGACUACCAUCUUUGGCCUCACCAGCUAUUGCCCUGACUUUGCCAUGCUUGUGGUCAGUGCAAACACUGGCAUUGUGGGCACCACACGGGAGCACCUUGGGCUGGCCAUGGCUCUGAAGGUGCCAAUCUUUAUCGUGGUCAGUAAGGUGGACCUGUGCACAAAAGCCACGGUGGAGAGAACUGUACGGCAGCUGGAGCGCGUCCUCAAGCAGCCUGGCUGCAACAAAAUUCCACUGGUGGUGAACAGUGAAGACGACGCAGUCACUGCAGCCCAGCAGUUUGCACAGUCCCCCAGCAUCACGCCAAUCUUCACAUUGUCCAGCGUAUCGGGGGAGAACCUAGAGCUGCUCAAAGUGUUCUUGAACAUCCUGCCUCCCCUCAGCAACAGCAAAGAGCAGGAGGAGCUCAUGCAGCAACUCACCGAGUUCCAGGUUGAUGAGAUUUAUACAGUGCCUGAUGUCGGGACUGUAGUAGGUGGAACGCUUUACAGUGGUAUCUGCCGAGAGGGGGAGCAGUUAGCGGUAGGGCCAAUGGAUGACGGCCAGUUCUGCGAUCUCACCGUGUGCAGCAUCCAGAGAAACCGAUCAGCAUGCAGAGUGCUUCGAGCAGGACAGGCAGCUACACUGGCACUGGGCGAGUUCGACCGCUCGUUGUUACGAAAGGGAAUGGUGAUGGUGAGUCCGGAGAUGAAUCCCACUAUCUGCUGGAUGUUUGAAGCUGAGAUUGUACUGCUCUUCCAUGCUAAGACUUUCCACAAAGGCUUCCAGGUGACUGUGCACGUGGGCAACGUGAGACAGACUGCUACAGUGGAGGCUUUGCAAGGCAAGGAGGAGCUGCGCACAGGUGAGAAAGCAGUGGCACGUUUCAAAUUCAUCAAGCAUCCAGAGUACCUCAAAGUGGGAGCCAAGCUGCUUUUUAGACAUGGAGUUACCAAAGGCAUUGGACAAGUAACCAAACUACAGCCCUUGUCCCAGUACCACCACCAAGCAUAGUCUCAUUCUUACUCUUGACCUCUCUCUGUGUCGGUCUCUCUCUCUCUCUGUCUGUUCUGUCCAUCUUUCUUGCUGUCUCUCCCAGCUCAGAGGAUAUAAGCACAGCCUACCAGAAUACACCAGUCCUUCUGUCAUCCUCAGAGUUUUUUUUUUUUUUAACCUCUCACAGCCCCAAUAUUAUUUACACUUGCUUUUCUUUUACCAAAGCCUUUCUGCCACUAAUCUCAAGCCUUUUUUAUAGAACCGUUUUCUAUAAAAUAUUAGUCUGGUUUAUAAUUUUUUUAAUGUUUUUUAAAUAUGGCAAUAGGAAUAUAAGAAGUGAGCUGGUCUGAUUUUAACCGUGAAUGCAGUGGUCACCAUAUCAAGGUUGGAUUUGAAGUAAAAGUCUAGUAGCUGUUCUUGUCAAUAUGGGUGGACACAUAGCCAUUUGGAUUUUUUUUAAAGCGAAAAUCAAACCAACUGACUGGCUAAAAGGUAAAUGAUACCUGAACCUUAAUGCUGCCCAUGUUAGUUACCUCAUCAUCAUGGUUUGUUUGACUUUUCCCUUUAAAGAGUCCUAAUGAGCUCCUUGCACAAACAGUUCACACUAGUUUGCCACUAUAUACAAGCAGAGUAAGACAACGAGCAUGCUUUGUCACCCCUUCAGAAUUUAGUCCCAGCCCUAAUUUCACACUCACUCACACACAGACAAGUUGCUCCAGGUGUGAUGGAACUAAACUCUGCAGCAUGGUAGAUCUCCAGGAAAGGCAUUGGAAACUUCUACAUUAAUAUUAAAAGGCAACAGACUUUAAGAUUUUGGGAGGCAUUCUGAAUGAGAGUUACUUCUCAUAGGUAUCCAAGUCUAAUCAUCUAGCCAAUGUCUUCACAAGUGUACUGAAGUGUAAGGUGUUAAGUAUUUUAAUGGCAGCUAUAAUGGUGACUGAGUUUUAGCACUAUCUUGUCAACCAAGUUUAAAAAUGAAAUGCCAGCACUGUUAGCAAAAACCUACUUAAACCUGCUAACAGUCUCUGUUGUCUUUUGUAAAAGGAUGACAGUUAUGAAAUGAGGCACUUUAAUGUAGUGGCAGGCUCAGGCUUUACAGGGUUGAAUGUUUCAGCUCAAUGAGACACACUGAAGAUGUCUCACACUGCCUUACCAUCAUGUGGUUCUCUGUGCUUCACUGUUGCUGAAUACUACUUCAUUUUACAAUGAGUUUCUUCCUGUUUGUAGUAAUGUCGAUUAUGUUGAUAUUCUUGCCUACACUCAAGUGCUUUAGUUGCUCAGGAAGUGUUGCAUGUUCCUCCUUCACAUUGACCCUAGCUUAAGAGAAGUAGAUGUCAACUUGAGCAGCUUUGAUGGAUGAAAACCCGUCUCCUUCGAAGCAUCUCCGCUGCUCUUUUACUGAUUAUGCAAAAUGUACUGCAGGCCUCAGACGGGUUUUUUUCUGAUCUGUUAUGUCACUGAUUUAUCUUGUUAACUAUUUUAUCAUUUCCUUUAGGUUACUGAUAUCACAAUGUUAAAUCGAGGUGCUCUUUUGUAGUGCCUUGUGUCCAACAAACUCCUUUGCAAAGUUGGAUGUCGAACCCCACACAGUUUUGUAGCUUUUUGAACUUGGUGCUAAACCUUUACUACUAAGAACAUAAAGAGGUUUAUACAUUAGUUUCUAUGUAUCUGUCUACAACAACCAGUUUAUGCAUGUCGAGUUCUCUUAGGUACCUAAGGCACAUGUUAACGCCUUUAGUAUGUCUUUCAUUGUGUUUCUUGUGCAAUUUUAGAGGUAAGGAAAAAAAUGCAUUUAAACCAAAAUGGGAAAAUGUAAUAAAGUUUACUUUAGUUAUUUUUAUUUUUA